CUCGCAUAUAUAUAGUUGCUUCUAGAAUGGAGAAAGACUUAUAUAAAUAGGCCGGAAAGGGAAAAGGAUCUGAGAACUUCUCAAAGCUCCCACAAAUCCAGACUCGUACAGCUCUGCGUGAUAGUCAAUCGAGCUUCCAACCCAGACCCAGCCAAUCCAUCAAAAUGCCUCUUCCAAUCGCCUCCACCGCAUCCCUCUUCGAGGAUGCCCUGCAGUCCAACGAGGCAAUUGAAGUCCCCAUUGGCGGAGUCGACUUUGUCUCCUUCACGAGUGGACAAACCAUAAGAACACUUGGUACGAGGAGGUUGAAUGGCAAUUCGGCUCUUGUGCUCGUUUCCACCAAAGGUGCCAUUUUAGCUAACGUUCCUCUGCCCCCCUGCAGCAUGGAAGAACAUAAUGCUAGUCUAACGCAACUGUGGAAGAAGACGACCGCCUUUCUGAAUCUCUUCAACGAAAAUGCAGGGCUCUUUUUGGGCCCGGAUGAGAAAAGGUAUGCAAUGGUUUAUGGACCCUCUGCGAGACCUAAACCCUUCCUGAAAUAUAAUGCGAUCAUUGACUCCAUCCUUUCGAAUUCGUUGGGAGUUAUUGAGAAACCUAAGAUUGUCUCAUAUUCGUAUGAGGAGGGCGGCCACAAUCAGCCUGAGAGUGGUUCUGUCUUUAUUGAUGGAAGAGGUGAAAUUCCUAAGGUGUAUGUGGAGGACAAGGAUCAGAAAUGGUUCGAGCAAGAGCGACAAAGAUUCUGAUCGUAGUAUUGUCUGCGCAGAUUAUUGUGAGAUGAAUACGAACCAGGCUGCUAGCUUUUUCCUUUCACAUAGUUGAGCCCGACAUAAUUGGACCGACGCAAGUAAAACAGUUUCCAAAACUACAAUCCAU